UUGCCGAGAGCGGAGGAAAUAGAUCUCGAGAGGAAUUGAUCACAACAGGCCUGACCGUCUAUCACCAUGCCCAUCACUGACAAACUGCCCAUAGAGGAGACCCUGGAGGACAGCCCGCAGACUCGAUCUCUCCUGGGUGUAUUUGAAGAGGAUACUGCUGCUAUUUCCAAUUACAGCAAUCAGCUCUAUCAUGCAAUGCGAAGGAUUUAUGAUGCCCAGAAUGAACUGAGCGCAGCCACUCACCUGACUUCAAAGCUUCUGAAAGAAUAUGAGAAACAGCGAUUUCCACUAGGUGGCGAUGAUGAGGUUAUGACUUCAACACUACAACAGUUUUCAAAGGUCAUUGAUGAGCUGAGUUCAUGCCAUGCCGUACUCUCUACACAGCUUGCAGAUGCCAUGAUGUUCCCCAUUAACCAGUUUAAAGAAAGGGAUUUAAAAGAAAUACUGACUUUAAAAGAGAUUUUCCAGAUUGCAAGUAAUGAUCAUGAUGUGGCAAUAAAUCGAUAUAGCAGACUGUCCAAAAGAAGAGAAAAUGAAAAGACUAAAUUUGAAGCCACAGAAGAUGUGUACACGUCCAGGAAAAAGAUGCACCAGACUAUGAUGCACUAUUUCUGUGCAUUAAACACAAUUCAGUACAAGAAGAAAAGUGCUAUUCUGGAGCCCCUACUGGGAUACAUGCAGGCUCAGAUAAACUUUUUCAAAAUGGGCUCCGAAAACCUAAACACUCAGUUGGAAGAGUUUUUGUCAAACAUUGGUACAAGUGUACAAAAUGUCCGUAGAGAAAUGGACACGGAUGUUGAGAACAUGCAACAGACAAUUCAGGACAUGGAGGUGGCGAGUGAACUGUUAUAUAUACCAGAUCCUGACCCAAAGAAACUCCCGAUCAAUCGCAAUCUAACUCGCAAAGCUGGCUACCUCAACAUCCGCAAUAAAACUGGGCUGGUAUCCUCGAGCUGGGAGAGAUACUUUUUCUUCACUCAGGGAGGUAAUCUCAUGAGCCAAGCCCGAGGGGACGUGGCGGGAGGACUCGUCAUGGACAUCGACAACUGCUCAGUCAUGGCUGUGGACUGCGAAGACCGAAGAUAUUGCUUCCAGAUUACAGCUUUCGAUGGCAAAAAGUCUGUCAUUUUACAAGCAGAAAGCAGGAAAGACAGCGAAGAGUGGAUUGCUACAAUAAAUAACAUCUCUAAACGGAUAUAUCUAACUGAAAAUCCAGAGGAAACCGCUGCCAGGGUGAAUCAGUCUGCUCUGGAGGCAGUUACCCCUUCUCCUUCCUUCCAGCAGAGGCACGAGAGCAUGAGACCCGCAGCACCAUCUCGGCCCCACACUGUGCGCACAAAUAGCACUGGAUCUGUAGGAUCAGAUAACUCUGUUCUGACCGCACUCUCCCUGGACUCCAUUGUAGCACCAGACACUCCCAUCCAAUUUGAUAUCAUUUCUCCAGUUAGCGAAGACCAGUCAGGUCAACAGAAAACCCAAUCCAACAGACGAACAAAUCCAUUUGGUGAAUCUGGAGAAAAAUCAGAAUCAUCUGAAGAUUCCAUCCUCCACCAAUUAUUCAUUGUACGGUUUCUUGGCUCAAUGGAGGUUAAAACAGAUGAGAGUACAGAGGUUGUAUACGAAAUAAUGCGCCAAAUCCUAGCGGCCCGCGCCAUCCAUAACAUCUUUAGGAUGACUGAAUCACACCUUCUGGUGACCUGUGACUGUUUAAAGCUAAUUGAUCCACAAACACAAGUCACAAGACUGAGGUUUCCUUUACCCAAUGUCGUGUUAUAUGCGACCCACCAAGAAAAUAAGCGUCUCUUUGGGUUUGUGCUCCGUACAGCAGGAGGGAGAUCAGAAGGCCGACCAGUUUCCGUUUGUUAUAUUUUUGAGUCCAACAACGAAGGAGAAAAGAUUUGUGACUCCGUCGGAUUGGCAAAGCAGAUAGCACUUCACGCAGAACUAGAUCGUAGAGCAUACGAAAAACAAAAAGAAAUUGAAAAAGUGAAAGAAAAACAACAGAAAGAAAUCAGCAAACAGAAAGAAAUUGAAAAGGACUUAGAGGAACAGAGUCGUUUAAUAGCUGCAUCAAGCAGACCCAAUCAGGCUGGCGCAGAUGGACAGUUUGUAGUUCUCAGCAGCAGCCAAUCAGAAGACAGCGACUUAGGGGAAAAUGGGAAGAAAAAGACAGAAUCCGAAGCAUGAUACUAAGUGCAAGCAGAGACUGGUCUGCGUCAGAAUGCUCACUUAAUGGCACAAGAUGCAUGCAACAACAACAUUGGAGACAAAGGUUCUUUUUUUUAUAAUUCUGAAAGCCUUUUUAAUAAAUUAAUGCACUGUUAUUUUUGUCUUUUAAAUAAGAUCUGCCAUUUUUUUAUUUUAUUUUUUGCGAAUGGACACAGCAAGUGAUGCAGCAUGGCAAUUUUGCCACUUGAAAGAACAGGGGAUACUCACAAAUGCACGAAGUGACAACAUAAGUGGCCUUUUCCCAUGAGCCACUGAAAUGUAGCAAACCACUGUAUAACGUUUCCUGUUUUGAUGGAUUCAGCAUUUGUCAUGUGAUUGGUAUUAUACAUGCUUUGUAUACUGUAAUGAAGUAACACUGAUCCACAUUUGAAGAAGCAGAGCAGUGGAGACCGUAUGAUGUA